ACAUGUGUCAUGCGCUUUAUUUUGAAGGCUGACUUUGCGGUUUGAACAGGAUAUGACAUCACUUCUAUCAGUUAUGUGCAGUAGCAAGCAGAAGAGCAGAGAAUUCUCUGAUGGCUGACGUGUUUCUGUGAUUUUUGAGUUCAUGAAAGGCAUUCCCUUUUCACACCUGCCAUAUAAAGAACAGUCUAAACCCAUCCUGGCGUCGGUGACUUAUUUUGUGGAGGUGUUUAACUCCUGGAUAGUAGAGCUGGGUUCUACGAGGCCAGUACAGUGAAAAGGGAGACCCUGUGUCGAGCUCCUCACCCCUACGCCGUCAGCACGUCACUUCAGCACAAGAUGGAGAAUGAAAGAGUUGCUGAACACAUCGUGGUUCAGAGGUCCAGCCUUCCUUCAGCAUUCGGAUAACCAGCCAGAGCAACAUGGAUUUGAACUUCUCGAUCCAGACAACGAUGUAGAAGUACGCCCAGAGGUAAAGAUACUUUGCACUAACGUUUCUAAGGGCACCCUUGGCACAAUGCGUUGGAAGCGGUUUUCCACUUGGCGCUCAUUAAAUAAAACCAUGUCACGCCUCAUCCAUGUUGCACAAUGCUACUCUCAGACAAAAACAGACCCAAACUGCACAGGGUGGCACAUGUGUAGAACAGCCAUCACCCCAGAACUGUUAGAACAAGCAGAGACUCUAAUCAUCAGAAAUGUGCAGUCCGAAGCAUAUGCAGAGGAAAUGCGAUGCAUCAAUACAAGGCAGAACCUUCCUACAAACAGCCCACUCACUAAGCUUAACCCCUUCAUUGGAGAAGACAAGUUGUUGAGAGUUGGUGGUCGCAUUAGUCGUGCAGGGCUGGGAGUAAAAGAAACAAAUCCCAUAAUUCUACCAGGAAGUAACUAUAUCACAACCCUGAUUGUGGAACACUACCAUGAAAAGGUAAACCAUCAGGGAAGGCAUUUUACAGAGGGUGCGGUCCGAGAAAAUGGCCUGUGGAUUGUAGGAGUGAAGGGAUGCAUUGGAAAAGUCAUAAGCAAAUGUGUGACUUGUAAAAAACUGAGAGGGAAGAUGGAAGAGCAACUUAUGAGCGAGUUACCUCUGGACAGACUCCAAGUGGCUCCUCCAUUUUCAUAUGUGGGUAUGGACAUGUUUGGCCCAUGGGAGGUCACUUCAAGACGUACAAGAGGAGGACAAGCAAACAGUAAACGCUGGGCAGUACUAUUCACAUGUUUGUGCACAAGGGCAGUCCACAUUGAAGUUGUGGAGGAGAUGAGCUCAUCAAGUUUCAUCAAUGCAUUGAGGCGCUUCUUUGCUCUGCGUGGUCCUGCAAAACAGCUGCGCUCAGAUUGUGGCACAAACUUCAUCGGAGCCUACAAGGAGAUGUCCACAAAAACCCAAGAAACGGUCAAAGUACAAAGGUUUCUGCAGGAUCAGAAGUGUACCUGGAUCUUCAACCCUCCUCAUUCUUCACACAUGGGGGGAGUAUGGGAAAGGAUGAUUGGGUUGGCACGGCGCAUAUUGGAUAACAUGCUGCUGCAAGCUGGUCGUGUUCGACUCACCCAUGAAAUCUUAACCACUUUUCUUGCAGAAGUCACAGCCAUAAUAAAUGCACGUCCUUUGGUGCCAGUCUCAUCAGACCCAGAGCAUCCCCACAUUCUCUCACCUGCAAUGUUGUUGACUCAAAAAACACAAUCUGUACCCCCCAUCUGUAACAAUGUCGACCCCAAAGAAAUGCUCAAAAGCCAUUGGAAGCGUGUUCAGUUUCUUGCAGACACAUUCUGGAGCAGGUGGCGCAAAGAGUAUCUCAGCACACUGCAAACUCGUCAAAAGUGGCACCACAAGAAGAUGGAUAUCAAACAAGGGGAUGUUGUACUCCUCAAGGACAGACAGACAAGAAGAAAUGAGUGGCCAAUGGGUGUCAUUGUUAAAACUUUCCCUAGUGAAGAUGGGAUCAUAAGGAAGGCAGAGGUCAAAGUUGCCUCUCAAGGGACUGUUAAGUGUUAUCUUAGACCAAUUUCGGAGAUGGUUCUUUUGUUAUCUAGUGAUGUUUAAGUUAGAGUUUGUGGUAUUCCCAGGAUACCAGGCGGGGAGUGUUCUGACAUGUGUCAUGCGCUUUAUUUUGAAGGCUGACUUUGCGGUUUGAACAGGAUAUGACAUCACUUCUAUCAGUUAUGUGCAGUAGCAAGCAGAAGAGCAGAGAAUUCUCUGAUGGCUGACGUGUUUCUGUGAUUUUUGAGUUCAUGAAAGGCAUUCCCUGUGAGUAUGCAAUACAUUUGUGAUUAAGGAUUAAGUUAAGGAUUCUGAUUAAUAAGAUUGUUUAAAAGCACGUUUUUGAAGAUAAAAGGGAGCCGUUUUUAAGCUAGUUCUGUUAUUCAUGUUGAUACAUGUGGUUAGUAUUAGCAUUUAAAGCAUGGUUGCUGUAUUUCUUUUCAUUUCCACUCAUGUAUACUGUAUUGUUUCAUUACAGUUUCACACCUGCCAUAUAAAGAACAGUCUAAACCCAUCCUGGCGUCGGUGACUUAUUUUGUGGAGGUGUUUAACUCCUGGAUAGUAGAGCUGGGUUCU